AGUCCUCCCGUUGACCAUAACAGGAAUCAUCAGAGAAGCUGUCUGGGUGGAGCAGCUCUGCCAAGCCAACCAGCUGAUGUGAAAAUGGGGCUCGGUGUCAGUCAGCGAUAGAAACAUGGACUGUCACAUAUCAGUCACCACUUUAGUCGUUUGUUCGCCUCUCUAGCUGACACAGUAACCCUAGAAACCGCCGGGGCAGUCUUCGCCUAUAUGGCGGGUCUGUCUUACUUAGUGCUCCGAUUUUCGGGCUCCGCUGGUCGGACGUACGGAGUGUUCUCCAAAGGCUUGACGAGGACUUUGUUGAUAUUUUUUGAUCUCGCUUGGCGACUGCGAAUCAGAUUCCCCUACAUCUACCUUGUCGCUUCGAUGAUGUUUAAUGUCAGACUACAGGUCCACAUUGAAAUCCACUGAAUCUUCGAGGCCUUCAAUGUAUUUGGACAAGAAACUGUGAGCACUGCCAUGUUUCAGCCCUCUUAAAACACACAAAAACAAACUGUUCAACGCUGCACAGCGAUGUGGAGGAAGAGGACACUUAAUUUUGCAAACUGGUGUGACAAUGCAACAAAGUGACACGGCUGGUUGUUGCAGUCAGCCCUCGUCACACGAGCCCAGUGCCUUUGCAGGAGGGGAAGGACGGCAGUGAUGUCUGCAAAAAUGAGCCGCGGGUGAGCAGUGAUGUGUGAGAGUGGAGGAGGGGAAAUAAUGCCUCACAUUCACCCUUUUAACUCACCACCUGAGAUUCAGGAGCCUCUCGUCCCGUCCGUGAAGAUUGUGUCGGAUGAAGGGUGGAUUUUGACGCUGCCUUUUCUCUCUGGAUAUCGAGGACGUUGGCGUGGAUUUGAACAUGAAAACAGAUGAUUGUCACUGUGGAGCUUUGUAGCUACUCUUUACUGUCUAUGUUUAUCAGUGUAAACAUCUCACUUUAAUUCAAAAAGUAAAUAUCUACACCGCAUGACACAAGCAAGCAUGUUUUUUGUCCUCCUUGGCUUGGACACUUUAUUUGAGGUUAGCUGCAUAAACGGUACACAGUCUUUCAACAGAGGUUUGUUGAAAGAUAACAAUACAGCUGCCACAACUGGAAAUGUACAGUCUGUUAUUAAGUGCAGUCUCAAAGGGAAUCACUGCAUGUCUUCUUUGUGUUGGUACACCCAGGUCGUCACACUCAGUGUUUCUGCACUUGGAAAGGCGUCUUUGGUGAAAAAUGUGACCUGCAUUUGUCUCAAGUUUUUAUUACUGUGAAAAAACUUGAAGUCACAGAAUUGAGGGUAACAAUGAUUAAAUCUGGGAAGUAAUAAAUUAAUGAAAUCAC